AGGCACUGGGUUAUAUAUCCUUUGUGGAGAAGCGGGUAGCUGGUAACAAGUAAUCAAGAAGUUUUGAUUCACUCAAUACCGCAUCAUAGAAUCCAAGUUUACACGUAAACACGGAUGACACAGCGAAAUCUACUUCACCCAUGAACUUCCAUCAGCCAGGAAAACUACACGGGCAUAUUAUUUCAUGAAGACAGUCAACACAACUGGAGGAAAUGGUGCUGUUCUCCAAUUACACCACUAUGGGUAGUGAUGGUGUUCCAGAUAAACACAACUAAUUGCUCCACGGAAUUCCAUUUCCUUGUUGCGAUAUGACUUUCCAGUGAUUUCCUUGAAUCCUGAAUUGUGGUGUCGAUAACUUGACCGUCAAAAUGCCGAGUAACGACAGUCAUCAGCUCCAGGAGCUAACAGUCUUCUUCCAGAAAAACAGCGGGAAGAUUUUAAAGGGAAGAUGCAACCUCGCUCUCACCACCUACACCCUGGCUCAUCUCAACCAGUGCUUCAAACAGAGCGAAGAGGAAGAUCCCCUGGUAGAGAGUCAGUCGUCCUCUGACUCACCCAAGGAUAGGACGCGUCCACAGACGGUCAAGUUUCUAUACAGCUAUGUGCAGAGAACACCAGCGCUCAAGUUGGUUCAGCCCUCCAGUACAUUGCAUGGUCCAGUUGAGAUAUCUCGAUUCAGCAGCCUGACCAUGCUAGAGAUCAAGAAGGUCCCCGUUCACAUGCUGAAUGGUCUGGGAUGUCUACGUAACCAGUUACAGGUUCUGAUCUGUUCAAGAUGUGUACACUCACUACAGAGUUUACUGUGUUCUUGUGGAGGGGAUAUGUUAGCUGAGGCUCCGUGGUCAGCACUUCAUACUCUCAACCUAAGCUAUAAUCACAUUGAUGCCCUCGACGACUCACUGAGGCUACUACCCAUGCUGAAGAUGCUGGACCUCAGUCAUAAUGACCUGAGACACACAAGAGAUUACCUGGAGUGUCUGAGUGAGUUGGCUCAUCUCAACCUUGGCUACAACCGUCUGGAGAGAGUGCCGUCCCUGGGUCUGGUCGCCCGCACCAACCUCCAGACCUUGGUGAUCAGGAAUAACAGCCUGGACAAUCUGGGCGGCUUGGAGGACUACAGCAGUCUCUUGGAACUAGACUUGGGAAAUAACUGCCUGUAUGAAGGCGCUGAGCUGAGAACCUUGGGGUAUCUGCACAAUCUUAGAGAGGUCAACCUCCUUGGCAACCCUUUGGCCUUUGACCCCAAGUACAGAUCAAUCGUUAUCAGCAAGCUCCCUCCAGAGGCUUCAUCACGAAAGGUGUACCUGGACGGCCUCCCUCUAUCUAAUUCAGAAAACCAGAAGAUACCCAGAAUCAGUCUCUCCAAGCCCCUCGUCAGGAUCCCCUCCCAGUCCUCCAUCGACACCUGCAACUCAAACCUCUUCAACGAGAUAUCCAGCUUUGAGGAAUCCAUGGAUCUGACGGACAGCAUGGUCGUGGCUAAAGGCAAGAGGCCAAAGGGCAAGAAAGGCUCCAAGAAGGUCCGAACUGUAUCCAUCGCUGACCAAGGCACGACGAAGGGCAAAAACACAAAGGCUGGAAGUACAAAAGUGCUACAAGACUCGGACAUCGAAGACACCAGGAGAGAACAUGAAAAGAAACGUCAACUGUACGGUCCAGACUGGUUGCAGACCCUACGAGCACCGUACCAACAAUCAGGAACAACCAGCGCAUCAGACUCAGAAAGUACUGUAGGAAAAGACUUUGGGAAGUCGAGGGUCAUAAGGAGAGAUCCACUCGCUCCUGGGAGUAGCGAUAUCAGCAGUGAUAUUGUUUUAAAUGAUAUUGAUAGACAUGAUAUUGACAUUAUUGGAUUGGAUAUUGAUACAAGUAAUACCAACACAAACGGUACUGAUAAAAAGGAUAUCGAUCAGACUAGUACACAUAUCGAUUAUACCACGAAACAAGACGUUUAUAAAAUCGAUAUUGCAAGAGAGGAUGCAGAUAUUUCUGUUCAUGCCAAUGUGAAUGUUGAGGACAGAGUUAACAGCAGACUUGAUGAACCUACGCCAAGUGUUAAUGAACAGGUCGUAGAGGCGAUUAUUGAGAAAUCAGAGUGGAAUGGGACCAUCGCGCAGCGUGAGCAUCUUGGAGUCCAGGCUGAGCUGAUCUUGGAGAAGAAAGACUCAAAGCCUUCCAUCUUUCUGGAGCGGUCCGAGUCGGAUAUUGCGUUUGACAGUCCGUGGGCUGAGACUGCACCAGAAGAAGAAGAGCAUGAGCUGUUCAAUCCCCUUCUGGUCACCGUACAUGACUCUGUUCGAGGUGAAGACGUCCACCUCUUCUUGACAAUCAAGGAGACUCACAUCGAAGAGAGAGACUUGAACGGCCGAGUCGUAGAGAAACUGGAGAUCAACUGCCUCAAGAGCAUGCAGCAAUCUGAGGAGUCUGUAUGGAGUGAGGAGAUCGGCGGUCAUCGAGUCGUUCCUGUGGUCAAGCUGGCCUUUGAUUACAUCAGGAGAGACCGCACGCAAAGACAGUACACACUGGAAGAUGAAGAAAGCUUGCAGAUUCUGACCAAGACUCUGCAGCCAUUCCUAGAAUGGAACCAGCAGCAGGCGGCCGCCUUGCGAAAAGGUUUGUGUCAGUGUCUGAAAUGCUCCCUGGAAUUCUCCCGAGACCAGGCCAAAAGGAAACUACGGACCCGGCAAAGGGGCAGCAUUCGGGGAGGUAACAUUUCCGACGACGAAGGUAAUACUGAUAUUGAGUCAUGGAUGAACGAGGUACCAGUCUGUCCGUCAUGUAAUAGUGAUUUGAUAGUUGAGUUGGAGAGUCCGAUGCCCAACAGCAAUCACACGUCGACCGUGAACACUCCCGUUGGUUCACUCAACUCAGGGGAUAUGAAUUUGAAACCCAUGGCAACCUCGUCUCCCUGGAAACUAAGGGAUAAAGAAGCAUUAUUUGUGUCGUCAACCGAGAAGAGCCGAAGUGGCUCAUCCACAGAAUACCACAGUGCCAAUGAUUCGCUGUCGUCAAGUCCAGCUCAGACCCUGGUGGCAAGACCUAGUGUGACCUCUUCAUCGUCUGGUACGUCUACCCUCUUCAAUAGCUGCGUGAAGUUGACAUCUCCUAAGUGCAGUCAUCAUGAACUCACCUCGGAAGAGAUAAGUAGGAAUGAGAUGAGUUCAGUGAAGUCUAUCAACGAAGGGCGGAGUAACGUAAGCAGCUUUGCCCUUCCUGACGCGACGAUUAAGCUUAACAGAGGAGACGAGACUAACCCGCUGGACAACAUGUCAUCCUAUGAACAUGAGAAACUCCGCGAACUCCUCCAGGAAAAUAUCGCCCCGUUUAGCCAGAAAUAUUCCCUGGUGCCCUCGGAUAUCCUGGAGGGUGUGAUUAGCGAUGAUCCCUCGGGAACCAGCACUCCUAGGUUAGAAGAGACGUCUAAUGUAUCCCAAACAAAAGAUGCGAGAAAUUUUGUCAGUUAUGGCGAUGAGAGUAAGGGGAAUAAAACCGAGACUCUGCCAAUGAGAACUAACGGGAUUAGUGGACCCUAUAGUGAGGACGACAUCGUGAUACUACCGGCUGAGAAAGUAAACAACGACACGCAUGAAACUGUUGGUUUCAACGACUCGAGCAAUGCGCUCCCCGAUGCACCAUCUUACGACUCGACUAAUGUCGGAAGGGCAGGUAGCACGGACAGCGAGAUCGCCGUACUGCGGAGCAUGAGCAUCGAUGCGGUCAGCAUCACGUCAGACUAUGUAUUCGACUCUAGCCUAAGUGCUGCGCAAAGCAAUCUUGCCAAUGCACUGAGCGACGCAGCCAGCAGACUUGAAAUUAGUAGCUCAUCAAAAGCGUCGUUGGAGUCGUCCUGCAAUCUUGAGAACUCCGGUAAAUAUUCCUCGUCUCCCGGCGAUAACAUCUACAGGGAUACUCUUGCCACGGGAGAUCUAGUUAAGACAAAAGGACAAACCUCUUUGAGUAAAGAGAGCUCAAUGAGUAUUUCGUUUGAGGCGAGUGGUAGCGUCGCCGUACCGAGAAAACAUUCCAUGAUUGACGUCAGAGAUGGUGACUUUAGUAAUGUAGACCAUCGGUUGAAACUUUACUUCUCGAUGUCACUGUUUGGGAGUAAGGAAGAGCUUGCGUGUAUGACUAAGUGUAGAAUAUUUCAAUUCAGCAAAUCGAUGAACUUUGCAGGUCUCGUUGUGGUUUCAACUCACAACAUUUAUAUGAUGAAGAUCACCAAAGAAGAAAGUGAGAAGCCAUCCAGCUGGCUCACUAAGAGAACCCAGCAUUCAAUCAGAGAUCUACUCCAUGUCCACAUCGGACCCGGUAGUCAAAGCUUCCAGCUGGACUUCAACAAUGAGGGCGUCCUUUACACUCUCGUGUUGAGGGACAGCGAGAUGUGUGAAGCCUUUGUCGAGUAUCUUGUUGAUGCAGUGAAGCGAGGUCCAAUGAGCAAGAAGUGCCGGUUAAAGGACGUCGUUAGAGAUCAUCCUAACACACUGAUGAACAUGAUGAGUCAGAUCAUGGGUGCGUCAAUGAACGGAACGUCUCUAGAGAGAGACACAGAGCUCAGUUUGUAUCUACUGGCAUACUGCAAGACAAUUAAUGAACUUUUAAAGGGACUCAUACACAUUUUAACAUUUCACCGUUCCAUCUUUAUAGGAACGGCCAUUCACCUAACACCCAUCAGCAUCCUGGUGACCUCGAAUGACCUCUACCUGGCCGAAGAGAAUCAUUUCUGGCCCCUGAGGCAAACCAAGACCAAGGGUCUCGCUAAGAUGACCCAGUUCAGCCUCAAGGAACAUCAAAAGAUAACUGACGUCAUUGAAGUGGAAUUGUAUGAAGACUCCUCAACAGAUGUGACUAUUGGGUUUUUAAAAGAGGAUGAUGUGGAGCAAUCUCACUGGCACCUCCAGACGGAGAAUGCAUCUUCUCUCAUUCAACUCCUUAACAGCAUUAAACGACCCUGGCAGGAGAUGUUUGGAGUAGAACUCAAACAGAUCAUCCACCCAACUGUUUCAAUCCAAGAGGAUUUGCUGCUUUAACACCUAGCAGGCAAUUCCACAGGAUCUUGCAGUAUGACUACAGGUGAGGAUUUCUUCAAAGCAGACUUGAAUUCAUAAAGCACUAAGAUUCAUCUUCUAUGAGUUGUCAGUAUUAGCAUAGUGAUUCGUAUUGUAACAUCACACUUCAGGACCGAUUUUUGUCCAGCAAGCUUGCAUAGCAGAAAGCUAAACUUAAAAAUGUUUGGAUAGCAACUGAUAAUUUUGAGAUGAAUUUUACUCUGCUAUACAAUACAAUUCGUUCACUGCAUGACUUUGCUUGGACGUUUCAGUUGAUUCCCACUCAAGAUCUUUUCUCUUUGUGCAGGGAGCUAAGAUUGAUCUUAGCUGUGAAUCAAUCUUCACGCUAAGAAAUGUUUGAUGUCCGAGCACAAAUCACUGUGGUUAUGUGACGUUUUAAGUUUUGCAUGGUGUGGAUCAUAAGAAAAAAAUACAAUUGCAAAAUUGUGGGUACAUUCACAACCAUGUAUAAAUUUCUGAGUCAGUAACUGAUACAGCAGUACAUGGUGCGUAGUAAAUUCUUCCGCUAAGAAAAAAAACUAAGCAAAACAUACAACAGCAUACAUUAUAUGCCAUAACCUGUCACUGCUAAGCUAAUUUUGUCUGUCCAAGCAAUUUUCUGUGCUGGACAGCUUUACAAAAUUUGGGCUAAGUAACAUUUUAUUCCCACUAUAAAAUGGUUUGACUUAUGACUUUGUACUGUCAAAUAUGUGCAAUUUAUUUUAGUCCUAAGUUUACAGAAACAGAUUGUUGAAAUAAUCUUAAGGUACAAUACUUUUAUGUAUGAAUCAAAACAAAAUCAAUAUUUGUUUAUAUUGCAAUUACUUUUUCCAUUUCUAUGCAAACAUUUGAAAUAAUUCAUCAAGCUGUUUGAAAUGAAAAGGAACUUAAACAGUAAUCCCUUGACCUACUAUAGCUAACCCCCUACCCUCAACCAACCCAAGCCCUUACCCUAACCAUAAACCCCUUCAGUUCAAAUCUUUAUCCAUCAUGCCCAGCAUGAAAAUUAUCCUUAAUCCUAACUCUAACCCUAACUCUUACCCUAACUAUAAACCCCCAAACCAACCCUAAACCCAAACACAACCCUGACCCAGGCCCUUACCCUUACCAUAAAUCCUAACCACAAUCCUAACCAUAAACCCAACCCUAAACCCUAAACCAAACCCUAAACCCUAAACCCUAAACCAAACCCUAAACCUUGCACUCAUGCAAACUAACAAAUCUGGGGGAAUUCGUCUAUGGAAAUAAAAUCCCCUGUUAGAGUGCAAUUAAUUUUUAGCGAUUUUUGUUUUUGAAGAAGUACAAUUUGGCUUUCACUUUUCUAGUGUAAGCCACUUAAAGGUGUGGUCACCGUGGUCCAGUGGUUAGACUGCAGGACUUGCAAUCACAAGGUUUUGGGUUUGAAUCCUA